AUGGACUUACAAUUGAGUCCGCUUCCCAAGUACUGCCUCCCGAAGCUCACCUCGGGGAAGUAUCUCAGGUGCCGGAAAAACAAGUUCGGUGUUAAGAUUCCGAAUAAAUCCUGCGCAAAUGCCGGGAAAAUGGCGAGACCUUCUGUGAUACUGAACGAUGCGAGCGAAAGAGGUGAUUCGGAGGCCACGGUGGUGGUCGAGAAGCCUCUUGUUAUGCCUCGCCGUUUUGAGAUCCUCUCCGGCCUUCCGGCGCCCUUUGGCGCCACCGCGAGGGACGGCGGUGUCAAUUUCGCGGUUUUUUCGAGCAAUGCCUCGUCGGCAACCCUCUGCCUCAUAAGCCUUUCUGACUUGGCUGAGAAAAGAGUGACUGAGCAGAUUGCUCUAAAUCCGCUGACUAAUAAAACAGGAGACGUCUGGCAUGUAUUUCUGAAGGGAAAUUUUGAGGACAUGGUUUACGGCUACAAGUUCAGUGGGAGUUUUUCCCCUGAGAAUGGGUUGUAUUUUGACUCCUCUAAAGUGUUGGUUGAUCCUUAUGCAAAGGCUGUUGUCAGCCGAGGGGAAUAUGGUGCAUUAGGACCUGGUGAAGACUGUUGGCCACAGAUGGCGUGUGUAGUGCCUUCUACUAAUGAUGAGUUUGACUGGGAGGGAGAUUUGCCCUUAAAGUUCCCACAGAGAGAUCUGGUUAUUUAUGAAAUGCAUGUUCGUGGAUUUACUAAGCAUGAGUCAAGUUAUGCGAAGUUCCCUGGCACUUACCUUGGGGUGGUAGAGAAACUUGAUUACUUGAAGAAACUUGGUGUCAAUUGCAUUGAACUUAUGCCGUGUCAUGAAUUCAAUGAACUGGAGUACUACAGCUAUAACUCUGCCUUGGGCGACUGCAAGAUGAACUUUUGGGGGUAUUCAACGAUCAAUUUCUUUUCACCCAUGGCAAGAUAUUCUUCUGCUGGUACUGCUAAUUAUGGCAUUGGUGCAGUACAUGAAUUUAAGUAUCUUGUUAGAGAAGCGCACAAACGAGGAAUUGAGGUAAUUAUGGAUGUGGUUUUCAACCACACGGCUGAAGGGAAUGAAAAUGGCCCUGUAGUAUCAUUUAGGGGUCUUGACAAUAGUGUCUUCUAUAUGCUUGCUCCUAAGGGUGAGUACUACAAUUACUCAGGUUGUGGGAACACCUUCAACUGCAAUCAUCCCGUUGUACGGCAAUUUAUUGUGGACUGCCUGAGGUACUGGGUGAUAGAUAUGCAUGUUGAUGGCUUUCGCUUUGAUCUUGCUUCCAUCUUAACUAGGAGUAGCAGUCUCUGGGAUGCUGUAAAUGCACGUGGAGGUUCAGUUGAAGGUGAGACAGUGACGACCGGAACCCCUCUCUCUAGCCCUCCAUUGAUUGACAUGAUUAGCAACGACCCCGUACUUCGUGGCGUAAAGCUUAUUGCUGAAGCAUGGGACUGUGGCGGGCUUUAUCAAGUUGGCAUGUUUCCUCAUUGGGGUAUAUGGUCAGAAUGGAAUGGGAAGUACCGUGACAUUGUGAGGCAAUUUAUUAAAGGCACAGAUGGUUUUUCUGGGGCUUUUGCUGAAUGUCUGUGUGGAAGCCCCAAUUUAUAUCAGGUAGGUGGAAGGAAACCUUGGAACAGUAUCAAUUUCAUCUGUGCUCAUGAUGGUUUUACUUUGGCUGAUUUAGUGACAUAUAACAACAAGCACAAUCUGGCUAACGGUGAAGAUAACAAAGAUGGUGAGAAUCACAAUAAUAGUUGGAAUUGCGGCCAGGAGGGAGAAUUUGCAAGUCUUUCUGUGAAGAAAUUGAGACUACGCCAAAUGAGAAACUUUUACGUGUGUCUCAUGGUUUCCCAAGUAGGAUCAUUUUUUGUUAUCUUGUUUCCUUUAAAAUGCAUAAUUGAAGGUUGCAUACUGAUUUUAUUUAUUUAUUCUUUAAUAAAUUACUUUAGGUGGGACAAAAUGGAGGAAGCCUCAUCAGAUUUCUUCAGAUUUUGCUGCCUCAUGACCAACUUCCGGAAUGAAUGUGAGUCUCUCGGCUUGAACGACUUCCCAACAGCUGACCGGUUGCAGUGGCACAGCUGUGUUCCAGGAGUGCCAGAUUGGUCCGAGUGUAGUCGAUUUGUGGCUUUCACGCUGAUUGACUCAGUGAAAGGGGAGUUGUAUAUAGCGUUCAACGCCAGUCAUGUUGCUGUCACGGUUGCAUUACCCGAACGGCCAGGCUACAGGUGGGAGCCGUUGGUUGAUACGGGCAAACCAGCACCAUUCGAUUUCCUCUCUGAAGACCUUCCCGAGAGGGAGACUGCCAUCAAACAAUAUGCUCAUUUUCUUGAUAGCAAUUUUUACCCUAUGCUCAGCUAUUCUUCCAUUGUUCUUUUGCUUUCCCCAGACAACAAUAAUACAUAG